UCCAACAUGGCCACUGUCAACACUUGGGUAGCGAGGGUGGCUGAUUUUUUGUUGGGGAAAGUCCCCUUCAUUAAUGCUCUUUCAUUUCUUAUGCUUCUUGCUGAAAGAGCAAAAAGUGAAAGUGUGCCCCCGUUACCCCCUCAGCUGAUCUACGCUCAUAUGGGAGUGUUCCUCAUCUGUGGUUUCCUCAUGUCCGCCCACAUGGCGAAGAAGGAGGCAUCAUUGGUGUAUGCAGGCCAGCUCAUAUUCUUUUCCUACAACUUCUACACCAACAAGAAGCUCAACUACGGCCAGUGGCAGAGACUUCAGAUGGCAGUGCGGCAAGUUGGCUGUGUGGGCAUUUACGUCCUUGUGGCCUUCAUCCACACCAAGAAGGAGAAUCGAUCAGAGCCACUUCGACGUGUUGGUGAGAUCAUCCUUGGCAUCUAUCUGUUCGCGUACGCCUACAUACUGAACAGCAGCAGCGAGUACAAGCGUGGCUUCCUGCACCACUUCCUGGACAGCGAUUGGCUGAGAUACUUCAUCACCCUGGCAAUUGUUGCAUGUGCAUUGUGCUUCCUCUCCGGUUACUUCAUCCGUGACAUGAGCGUCUGUGCAGUGGUCAUGUUGAUCCUUGUUACCGUAGUGAUGGACCUUGACUUUGACUACUGGACACGUCGCGGUGUCCACUUCUGGAACCAAGCUCGACUGCUUCUGGACAGUCUCACUGCUGUAACAGGAUUUGCUUUAUUUUCUCGGGUUUUUGAAAACAGAAUUAAGACUGAGCAUUAUGAAUAAUGGACCAUGUUGAAAAAUUUUUCACACAAGUGCAAUUUCCAUGUACUCUGUUGAUGUUUUGGUGAAUGGAUGGUUGUGUUCUGCUCAAAUCUUGGCGACAGCAAAACAGUGUGUGUUUUGAGUGAUGUCCUCAUGUGCCAUCAUGCCCUUGACCUUGACCUUUUUCAUGCAGAUAGGCAGAAAAAUUAUUAUUCAAUUUAUAUUCAGAUUAUGUACAUAGGUCCAAACCAUGUGAAUGUAUCAAUCCAAGUAUUCAGCCAUUCCAUGACAAAACAUGAAUUACCUUCAUAUGUGUUGCAUGACUCACCAGUGUACCUGGUGACAGAAAGUUAAAAAAUAAUAUCCUCAAAAGCCACAAGGCAUAGACAGCUGCAACAGUCUUUUAGUAAUACUGGCUAUAAUUAGAUGGGAAGUUUGUUCAAGACACCAUCAUGGGUAUUUCAUUUUAGUGCCACAGAUAUUGUUUUUAUGUAAUUUUUUCUCCUUUUCUUUCAGUCUAUAUUACCCCAAAUGUUCUAACACUCACCCUUGGUCAUUAUUGUUAAACACUGAUACAUAGAGAUAACCACCCUUGGGCUCCCAUGUCAUCACCCAUGAAGAUCCGGGUUAAAAUUGAUCUUCAGUAACCCAUGCUUGUCGUAAGAGGCGACUAACGGGAUCGGGUGGUCAGGCUCGCUGACCUGGUUGACACAUGUCAUCGU